AUGAUACGAGAAUUCUAUGACAGUUCAGAUGAAGAUGAAAUGGAAAGUCAGUUUCAGAUAGAUCCAGAAUGUUUGGUUCUCACUCGACCGGCUAGGGACAUGCAUAAUCGAUGUUGUGGCGGCAAAGCAUGGUGUAUACGGGAUAUAUGUGGUAUAAUUUGUGCGAUCCUAACAUGGCUUCUGAUCUUGUAUGCGGAGUUUGUUGUUAUGAUGGUGAUGCUUCUGCCCGGCGUAUCAACUUAUCCGUUGUACAGCUAUGUGAAUAUCAUCAUCUUCCAAACCCUAGCAUUCCUGGCUUUUGCCUCUCAUUUGAGAACAAUGUUUACCGAUCCUGGUGCGGUACCAAAAGGGAAUGCGACUAAGGAGAUGAUAAAACAAAUGAGCUUCCGUGAAGGUCAGGUGAUAUUCAAGUGCACCAAAUGCUGCAGCAUCAAGCCUGAGAGGGCUCACCACUGUUCAGUAUGCCAGCGAUGUAUCAGAAAGAUGGAUCACCACUGUCCCUGGGUCAACAACUGCGUGGGCGAGAAUAAUCAGAAAUAUUUUGUGCUAUUCACCUUCUACAUAGCGGCUAUAUCGAUUCACUCGCUGACGCUGUCGGUGUACCAGUUCGUGACGUGUAUAAGACACGAGUGGCGUGACUGCAGCACAUAUUCACCGCCGGCCACCGUUGUGCUGCUGCUGUUCCUCAUAGCUGAGGCACUGCUGUUCGCGAUCUUCACCGCCGUUAUGCUUGGGACACAGUUACACGCUAUUUGGAACGAUGAAACCGGUAUCGAGCAACUGAAGAAGGAACAGGCACGUUGGGUCCGGAAGUCAAGAUGGAAGAGUAUACAAUCUGUAUUCGGAAGAUUCUCAAUCCUAUGGUUCUCGCCGUUCACACAACCGUCACCGAAAACAAAGCUCGAGAGCUAUCUAUAUAGCGUCUAA